AUGCACCUUGAGGAGUACCCCAUCGGUACCGAGGUGCACGGAGAAGCGCUGGGCUUCGGAAACGUUUUCGACGCGACCAUGGGAAAUACGUCCACCCGGAACACCGUGCAGUCCUACUGGAGCACUUUGCACUCCGACCUAGACACCCCACCACUCCUGCAGAGCCCGGGUGCGCCCGAUGCGCCCGAUGCACCGGAUGCGCCGGAAUGCACCGACCUGGAGCACCUGGCUGCAGCUCUUCGAUACUCCUACCAGUCCUAUUCUUCGGGAGCGGAAGACGCAACCUCUCCCACGGGAAGCACCACGGGGAGCGAGAUCGCCUCGCCCUGGGAGAAUUUCCUGAUUAAGUCCGAGCUCGAGGACCUACCCGAAGCGGGACCGACUCCUCUUCAGAGGCUGCCCUCGAUCGGCACCGCGUUCUCCAGGUCGUUUCACAGUCCAGCCUCCUCCUAUCAGGACUACCUGGAGACUUCGGGGUUCCGGGACUACCAGGAGGCCUCGGAAGACCCCCGGAUGCCGAAGUAUCCCGUGGACUCGCAGACGGUCCAGAACGCGAGCCAGACUCCAUCCAGUAUCCGGAGCCUGGCGGAUUCCCUGCAGAUCAUGGAGGAAUUUGACAUGAGCCUGAUAAGAGGAGAUCCCACGUCCUUGCUGACUAGCGCGGACUCACCUGCCUCCCCGUUCUCGGCGUAUCUCGACGACUUCAGGGACCCAUUCGCGAGUUCCUUGGGUAGUUCCUAUGCGGUUGGCCACUUGGUCUCUACGGCGGUGUCCUCGUCUUCGGCUGCACUCCCGAGGGAGAGGUUCGGCCCAGGAUGCGACUUCAAAAGGGAUCACGAGGUGGAUGGCAACAGAGUGGUCCUGCCCCAGAAGGAAGGACUGCUGGUCGACGAUGCGAGGCUCCUCUCGGGGAAGAGGGACUCAAGGGAGAGCACGAUCGACGGAUCGUACGGUAUGUGGACCUUCGAAGAUGGGGUCGGGUCUGCCGAGGCCUACUGCUGCAAAUGGCUUGACUGUGGAUGCACCUUCGCGGAACAGGAGGGACUCGUUCGGCACAUCGAGAGGAGACACGUCGAGUCGACGUCUUCCAGUGCCCAUGGACAGGGAAGACGGUUCCAGAGGGACAAGGACAAAGAAAAGGAUGGCGCCGAGGGCACCGUUUCUGCGGCGCAGGACGAGUUCGCCUGCCUGUGGCAAGGGUGUCCUCGCGCCAGGCCCUUCAACGCUCGAUACAAACUGCUGAUCCACAUGAGGGUGCACAGUGGGGAAAAGCCGAAUAAAUGCCCGUUCGCAGGAUGUAAGAAGGCCUUCUCGAGGCUGGAGAACCUGAAGAUCCACCAGAGGUCGCACACUGGCGAGCGGCCUUACAAUUGCCAGCAUCGAGGGUGCACCAAAGCCUUCAGCAACAGCAGCGACCGCGCUAAACAUCAAAGGACUCAUUACGACACGAAGCCCUACGCCUGUCAGGUCAUCGGCUGUGGGAAACGAUACACGGAUCCGUCCAGCCUUCGGAAACACGUGAAAAGCCACGCGGAGCCGAGUCCAAAAUCCUGUGGGGCGAGGGCAGCCCCCAAGCUACGAGUACCCGACUCGGAUCCCACCGUCAGGUUCGAAGGAGGCGUCGAAGAGGCUCCCGCAGCCGUAGAUCGUGUCCACGGGGUCUUCGAGGACGACCAGCAGGAGUACGUGCCCUUCGAGUCCGUCAGCAGACUCCUCAUGGAGGAAGCGAGUCGCGCGAACAUCGACGUUGUGGAGUGUCCCCAAGGAGACGACGUUCCGGACUUCCAGGUUCUUGCUUCGGAAAUCGAGAGGCAAUUCCUGGAACUGAGCGACUUGGAUGAUUCUACCUUUAUAGGAGGUUAA